AUGACGUCGAAAAAACAAUAUCCUAAUAUUAUGAUAUGCGGAACACAUGGUGUAGGUAAAUCUCGUCUAUGUCAACAAUUAUGUUCAUCCAAUUCAUCAUUGAAACAUAUUGAUAUUACUGAUUUGGCAAAACAACAUAAAUAUCUUCUUGAUUAUGAUGAUGAAAACCAAUGUAAUAUUCUGGAU